UAUCAGCGUGCAUGAGCUGCAGCGGAGGCCGCGCCCUCUGUUCUGUUCCCGGUCCUCUGGAACAUUUUGUUUAUGAAGCUCAGCUCCUUGUUCCAGCUGCUCCUCUUCAUCACGAAUCUUCCUCUCACUCACAGCAGCUGGAACUGUGUGUUUAUGAAGAUCAGCGGCUCUUCCUCUUUAGGUUCUUGUUCACGGUUGAAACACACCAGACUGUCGGCAGGCUGGCGCUGAACCUCUGGGAACAACGAGCAGGCAGGCGUAAGGACGUCCAACUAUUAGUUUAGAUUUAAAGUAAUGAAAGUUAAACACGUCCUCCCUUCAUGCUUACUUUCGACAAAAAGGAAGCUAUGGAUAUUUGCGAGAAGAAGAGGAGAAAGGUAAGCGGCGUUGUGCGGGGCUGCAGGCGGAGUGUGGCCGCCAAUAUGAAGAGGGAGGCCGGCAUGGUCCUUCGCUCCCUCACGGUGGAGAACAACAACCACACGGAGCCAAUGGUGGACGAAGAGGAAGACGACUGCUUCUCAAUCGGCUUCCUGCGGAGUGAGCGGCCGCAGCCCGGCACUGUGGUGUCUCCCCGAUACAAUCUCCUGCGGGAGGUCGGCCGGGGCAGCUACGGGGUGGUUUAUGAGGCUGUAUCCCGGAAAACAGGGGCCCGGGUGGCGGUGAAGAGGCUCCACUGCGACGCUCCAGAAAACGUGGAGCUGGCUUUGGCCGAGUUCUGGGCCCUGACCAGCCUGGAGAACCGGCACCAGAAUGUGGUCCAGCUGGACGAGUGCGUCCUGCAGAAGAACGGCCUGGCCCAAAAGAUGAGCCACGGAAACAAGAGGUCCAGACAGUACCUGCGCCUGGUGGAAACGUCCCUCAAAGGGGAGCGCAUCCUGGGUUACCCAGAGGAGCCAUGCUAUCUCUGGUUCGUCAUGGAGUUUUGCGAGGGAGGAGACCUCAACCAGUACAUCUUGUCCCGUCGGCCCGACCCCCACACCAACAGGAGCUUUAUGCGGCAGUUGACGAGUGCAGUAGCUUUCUUACACAAGAACAAUAUUGUCCAUCGUGAUUUGAAACCAGAUAACAUUCUCAUCUCACAGAAAUCUGGUUCCCCUGUUCUCAAAGUUGCAGACUUUGGCCUCAGUAAAGUAUGUGCUGGCCUCAACUCUAAGAACAGUGAAGAACAUCCUUCAUCAGCUACAGCAGCAAGUGUCCGAGCCAGUAACCAGAAUAACAUCAUCAACAUUAACAAGUUCUGGUUGUCGUCAGCUUGUGGCUCAGACUUCUACAUGGCCCCAGAGGUGUGGGAGGGCCACUACACAGCCAAGGCUGAUAUUUUUGCCCUGGGAAUCAUCAUCUGGGCAAUGGUUGAGCGGAUCACUUUCAUUGAUGCAGACUCCAAGCGUGAACUGUUAGGCACCUACAUACGACAGGGCACAGAGAUUGUACCUGUUGGGGAGGCUCUGUUGGAGAAUCCCAAGAUGGUUCUUCAUAUUCCUCAGAGGGCCAGGAGCUCCAUGUCUGAAGGUGUGAAAAAACUCCUUCAGGACAUGCUCGCAGUCAACCCUCAGGACAGACCAGAUGCCUUCCAGCUGGAGGUGCGGAUGGACCAAGUCACAUGUGCUACAUGACAGCCCCCACCUUUCCGAACCUCUCUUUUUUUACACCAGUCAACGAGGGACCCUCUCUCCUUCCCAGCUUUGUUUACCCCACGGACAUGGACUCUGAUGGAAAAAGGGACUGACACACGGAACUGUGAACAAUCCAUGAUCAUAAUUUAACUUAGAAGUGAUGGAGGAGCUGAUGAUUCCUAAACUCUGGGACAGGUACACAACGUAAAUCAGACCACAGCCAUGUACUCCCAUCACUAGCCACUCCCAGUCACUGUCAACAUGACGCUGAGGAUGUUUCACUGGAGGAUAAUGUAUCCAAGAGCGAAUUAGACAGCCAUGUGUUGUUUUAUAUUUUGUUGAUAUUUGUCCCCCACAGUCUCAGUAUAGGCCUGCUCUUCCCUAACAUUUGUAACAUAUUGAGCUGUGGCACAGGUAACCUUAUUGGAUUGUAUGAGUGUACUGAAGUCAAAGCAUGGGCUUUCCCACAUGUUCCUAUAUAUGAUGGUAUCGACAGCAGACGACACGACACUGCCCCUUACAUCCUUGUGCCUUAAACAUGAUACACACCAAGUGCGAUUUGGAAUUUUAAAUAUAAUAAUUUUAUGAGUUUAAGUGGAAGUGCACAUACCUAGACAAACUCUAUGAGUCAGGAACUCCUUUCAUCAUAUGCAGGUUUCUGUCAAUCAACCAAUUAACUCUUUUGCUUUCAAUGAUGUCAUACUAUUCAACAAUAUUCUGGGCAGCAAUAAUGUGAAGUUGGAAUGUGAUAAUCUGGUGUCUUUGCUCUACCCUAAACCUCGAGUGCAACCAUUAUCUGAAGCUGAGUUCAGCUUUAACUAAAAUGAAGAUAUCAUUGUUUCAGUGUCACAUGUUUGCUCAUCUAAAGAAGGUUACAAAGAUUUCACAAAUCUGUGCCACACUCUGGAGGAAAAUUAACUGUGAAUAUUACUAUGGUUAUGUGUUGUUUUGAAGGGGUACUAUGGAAUUCACACAUUAGAAGUAGCAGGCUGGUAUCAACUCCAAUCAGUACUGUGCAGUUGUAAGUCAGAAAAUGUCCAGCAGAGUGUCCGACUGGUUUUCUAGGGCAUUGUUUCUGUUGAAUCCAAAGAACAUCCAAUUGUGUUUAUCAUCACUGGAAAACUUAGUAUGAACAUGCUUUUAAAAUAAAUUUAUGACCAAGAAACCAUUGGGAUAAUUUAAUGGACUAACAUCUAUUGCGGUCAUUUUGUACUGCAUUUUUUUCUUUCUUCUUUUUUUUACAUUGAGGUUAACGUGGCAUUUGAUGACUCCUUACGAACAGAAAUAACACUGUAAACUUUGAGAUAUCAAGUUAAUGGGUUACUUGCAAUUGUGUGUCAUUAAGAGAUAUGGAUUGAGAUCUAUAUGCUACCUUUUUGGAGUUUUAAGCUUUCUGAUUGUUGUGAUAUGAAUAACGGGUCUUCUAUGGGAACACCUGAGCAGUAUUGAGCCAUCUUUGGUCGAAUCUUUCUUGAGUAUCUGAGUUGAGGACUCUCACAGGAAAUUUGGCAUCUGGAAAUAGUCUCUGAAAGUAUCCACGGGAUACCCAUGCUUACUGUCCCCUCCCUUCUCCCCUCCUUAUUGAAUUAUUUCAGACUCUUUGCAGUGACAUGCAGCUCUGUAGAACACAUCCAGGCAGUGGUUGGUUGGAGCUUACUAUUUUUGCAUUGUGUGAAAUAUCAGUUUUGUUCUUAUAAUCUAACUACAUGUACAUCCAGUGGUUUAACAGAAAUAUUGAGCCACACAUCUCAACAAAGUUCAAAUGCACAGAAUAAUUCAUAUAGAGAAAAGCAGACAGUGGUGAUCCUGGAAAAGGAUCAUAAAAGGGUUUGCAUGUUCGAGAGCUAGAAAACUUCCAUCUUCCUAACUCCACUCGACUUCAAAGCACUGUGUAGCAUCUGGGUCGAGUUCAGUGACUCCGCAGUAGUUGUAGUAGACUUUGAGGCGUUUUGUAGUGUGGUCCUACCUCAUCCUCGGCACUCUGAAACUUCCUGUCUAUAUGACUUGUUAAAAACCUCGUCUUACUUUCUGAACCAGGGGCACUUUGAUGGGACAGAACUUCCUCAAUCCUGAAUCAGCCUCUGACUGACUACUAUAUGGUGUAUGCUUAGCUACAAGGAACAUCUAGCUUUCCCCUUCAUAAAGGCUUCAUCUGCAGCACAAAAGUAGUCCUUGCUCAUUACCAGACCACAAUCAUUCUGUUUGUGUUCAAUAGCUACAGCUCCCAUAAGUUUAUAUUAGCAUCUAUGCCUCAGAGUAUUUUAAACCAAUUAGUAUAGCCGUAUUCAGUCAUAUCUUCGUCAGUGUCUUCUACGUGUAUGACACAGCUUCUUCACCCAAAAAUAUUUUAUUUUUUUCAUUUUUGCGUCUGUCGAGCUUCGGAAGCUUAAGCAUGCCCCCCACUCGCCCGCAGUGAACCCAGUGGGGAUCCCCUGCUGUGUUCACACAUCUACUUUCCUGGAUUUCUAUGGACUUUAUACUAGGAGGCCAGAUGGAGCCUCUCACUCGGAUAUUUGCGUUCACACAUGCACCUCCUCCGUAUAAAAUACAGAGGAUCUGCUGAGUUCAGCUUAUGUUACUCCGACCCUAUCUGAGGUGUUGCUAGCUGUUCCCCUUGAAGCUUCGUCUACUGCCUACCUAGUCUCAAAAGUAGGAAUUUAGAAGAAUGUGCUUCCUUUUUAAUGUAAAUCUGAUUUAAAAUGCUGGCACAUGUGCUUAAAGUGUAGCACAGCUCAAAGGAGCAAUUUGGAUUUAAGCGCAUUGGGAGCUGUAACUUUUGUAUGCCAACACAAUUGUUGCUAACACAUAAAGUUGUUCAACAUUUGGUAUGAUACGUUUGGUUUUUUAAUUUUUGCAGAAGGACUGCUGUUGCACGGACCAGCCCAGCAGUGUAAAAACAUACAUGUUUGAAGCGUUAACACUAACAUGGUUGUAUAACUGUAUAUGGCAUUGCUAUGUUGAUAGUGCAUAAGCUAACUGAGGAUCAGUUCCUAAUCAUCAGUACUAACCCUUGUUGUCCACUGUGUUUUUGUAUGCGCUGUUCAUUUAACUCCUAUCUAGUAAUACUCCACUUGAAAACACUUCACACUAUGCAAAUCUUUCGCUGCCUCACUGUAAGCACUGUAAAGAGCCAUGCCCCUCCGCAACAGUCGUGUAAUAUCUUGAGCUGUUUUAUCUCAGUGUGUAUUUCCAGUGUGUAAAAAAAGGUUUCAUUCAAAUGUGGUGAACAACAUUAACUGCUUUUUGUUAAUGAAGCUGAAAAGCAGCCAUAAGAUGUUUGGGGAAGCAUAUUACAAUCAUGUUUUUGACUUGUAAAUGUGUUCGACAAGUUUUUCUUGAAAUAAAUGAUCAAAACUAAAA